CGCCGCCAUUUUGAACAUGGUAGUGUUUUGGUCCUGUGAGAGUUGUCAUAAUCCUGUCUUUUUCCGCGGUUUUACUUGAAAUAUGGAGUUGACCAGGCAGGUUUUUAGUAGCAGUGACAGAAAGUCGACCGAUGGAUACAGCAUGUACAACAUAAAAGCUCCCACCCUGAGUGAAGAUGAAGAUGAUGAUGCUGUCCAUGAUAACACCCUUGCUUGGGAUGACUCCUCCAUCCAUGUUGCUACUGGUGGUACUCCAAUUACAGGCUCUUUUGUGCCAGCUAUUGGUGGUCCAUUCUCUGCUCUCACACCGAGUAUGUGGCCACAGGACCUACUGUCAAGAAUUCAGCAGACAGAAGAUGCAGGAGGUCGUCCAACUGGACAUUAUGAUGAAUUUGGGUUUAUGGUUGAUGGAGAUUUAGAAUUUGAACACAAAGAUCCAGAUCCAGGUAGUUUUGUGACAAGUGAGGAUGAGGGACUUAGACUUAAAUGGACAGCUUUCUUGGAGUUCACACAAAAUCAAGAUGUUGGUGAAAUGACUUGGGACAAGGUUUCUCCAAGUUUUCCUCAUUCAGACAAGUUACGAGAGCUUGUUUAUCUUGGAAUUCCCCACAGCAUGAGAGCUCCAAUCUGGAUGAGAAUAUCUGGAGCCUUACAGAAGAAAAUUAGCAGUGAUUUUACUUACAAGCAAAUUGUAAGGGCAAGUGCAGAUGAAAAUUCUUUGACAGCCAAACAAAUUGAAAAGGACUUGUUGCGAACCAUGCCAAACAAUGCAUGUUUUUCAACACCAACCAGUACAGGACUUCUACGGCUCAGAAGGAUUCUUAGGUCCCUGGCUUGGUUAUACACUGACAUUGGCUAUUGUCAAGGAAUGGGCAUGAUUGUUGCAUCCCUGUUACUCUUUGUGGAGGAAGAAGAUGCCUUUUGGUUGAUGUGCACUAUAGUUGAGGAUCUUGUACCUACAUCGUAUUAUUCAAGCACUUUGAUUGGUGUACAGGCUGAUCAGAGAGUUCUGCGGCAGCUGAUUGUCAGUUACCUUCCACCAAUGGAUGAACAAUUAAAGGAGCACGACAUUGAGUUGUCACUGAUUACGCUUCACUGGUUCUUGACAGCAUUUGCUAGUGUUGUACACACUAAGAUCCUGUUAAGGGUUUGGGAUAUUUUCUUGUAUGAAGGCUCAGUGACAUUGUUCAGAAUCACUCUUGGUAUGCUUAAAAUGAAGGAAGAUAUCAUUUUAAAGCUGGACAACUCAGCGCAGAUCUUCAACACACUCUCUGAUAUACCGGGUGAUGUCAAGGAUGCAGAUGAACUGUUAGAGGCAGCGAACAAAGCUUCUGCCUCGCUGACAGAUGUCAUCCUGGAGACACACAGAAAAAAGCACAUGGCUUUCCUCAUGGCUGACCUUGGGGUUCUGAUGGAUAAGGAGUCUGGAAAACAAAUGUCCAGAGAUCGGCUUCAAAAACGCACCAUAGCUCCGCCAAGAACUUUCUUUAGUCUGCUCUUUGGAAGAGGUGGUGGUGUUAGCUUGCAGAAGGCUAAAAAUAUCAGACAGACAGAAUUAGUAGCAGAUUUGAGAGAAGCUAUUCUCCAAAUAGCCAGACAUUUCGAUGCUAUUGAUCCCAAGAAGGGCCUGGAAGUUGACUAUUCAAUGGAAAGUCACGCAAGAGACCAUGAGAGGUUCAUCAACGUAGCGAGGAAUCGGCGCAGAAGAGCGAAAGCUCUAUUGGACUUUGAAAGACAUGAUGACGACGAAUUGGGAUUCCGGAAAAAUGACAUCGUUACGAUAAUUUCACAGAAAGACGAACACUGUUGGGUUGGCGAAUUGAAUGGUCUGAGAGGUUGGUUCCCUGCCAAAUUUGUUGAGAUUUUGGACGAAAGAAGUAAAGAGUACUCAACUGCCGGAGACGAUUCGGUGUCUGAAACUGUAACAGAUCUCGUCAGAGGCGGGUUAUGUCCCGCAAUGAAGUCGAUAUUCCUGCACGGCAUGAGGAAGCCGUCCAUUCUUGGGGGACCGUGUCAUCCAUGGCUCUUUGUUGAAGAGGCCAGCCAACGUGAAGUAGACCGAGAUUUCCAAUCUGUGUACUCCAGACUGGUGUUGUGUAAGACAUUUAGAUUAGACGAAGAUGGAAAGGUUCUUUCACCUGAGGAAAUUCUAUACAGAGCUGUGCAGUCAAUAAAUAUGAGUCAUGAUGCAGCAAAUUCACAGAUGGACAUUAAGUUCCGGUCUCUAAUCUGCUAUGGUCUGAACGAACAAUGUCUUCACCUGUGGCUAGAGACGCUGUGUGCCUGUGAAGAGGUCGUAGGAAAGUGGUACCAUCCUUGGUCAUUUCUUCGAAGUCCAGGCUGGGUGCAAAUCAAAUGCGAACUAAGAACACUUGCAUCCUUCGCAUUCAAUCUGAAUAUCGAUUGGGAGCUUACUAGUGAACGUAAAACUGUUGUGGAGGGGUACGCGCAGCAAAAGAAAUUGCAGGAGGUAACCCAGCCCAUGAAGGAUGGAGUACGAGACAUGUUGGUUAAACAUCAUUUGUUUAGCUGGGAUCUUUGAAGGUGUUCGCUAAGUACAUCAGCAGAAAAUAAGUCUCGCGCCAGGAGAACGUGUUCAAGCGAAGUUAGUUACUCAAAAUGUUUUUCUUUUGUGAUUGUGGCUCAGAUUUUACGGACUAAGGCAUGGUAUUUAUUUUACAAGCAAGUUGUGAAUUGUUUCUUUUGUUGUACAUAGUCUGCUUGUGUUAACCCUUUAAGUUCGUAGAUCUGAUGAGCAAUUCUCAUUUUUAAUUGCCUUAAAUUUUGUUAUCAGUUCAGAGAAUUUGGUGUUAUAUUAUGGCAACAUACAUACGUUUGCCGAAUCUCAUCGCCUGUUGAGGUUGAUAAUGAAUUGGUAUCAUGAGAAGAAAUUGUAUAUUGAUCACUUUUGUGAGUUAAGGGGUAAACAACACUAGAGAAUUAACAGGAUAGCACAGUCAUGUUCAAAUAUAAGGUCAUUAUACUCGCUUCGAUGGUGCUCUCUUGGCAAGAGAUGAAUGAAGUAAGCCUGAUGGUUAAAGAACUGUCUCGCUCUAUUCUGGUGGAAAGGUGGUGUUAGUUGUGACACGGUCGCAAAAAUUGUUUAAGUUAAAAAAACACACAAGAGAAAAUAUUGUAAAAGAUGUUUGUAAAUUAAGGCUAUAGUAUACACACUCUCAUUUAAAUGAGUUUGAAGGUUACGUGUUACAAGAUGCGUUUCGUGACGACCUUAAUGAAGCUCCUAGAGCGUUGCAUAAUAGUGAUGUUAAUUUUAUUUAUGGCACCAGUAAUCUUAGGAAAAACUGUCAAAGGAGAUUUAUUGUUAUAUAGUUUUGGACGGCUUCGGCGUACUUGAAUGCUCUAGUACAGUGGGCGGAAGCCUUUUGCAUACAAGAGUGCUGGUUGCAUAUUUGCUUCAGUCUAAUUGUACCUCAAAAGGUGUCGAAGUAACACAGUAAGUUUUGUUAUUUUGAAUCCAUGAAAUCGCAGGAUGGUAUUGAAAGUUUCGUAACUUGAUUCAAAGGAAAUUGGAUUCCCGGUGGUUAUGAAAUUGAUAUUCUUGGCGUGAAUGCUGAGGUGAUAAAUCCUCGUUUGGGGAUCAAAUCUUCUGAUGAAUUACGACCGGGUGUAUGUGAUAUUAACGGUGCAGUUUUGAUGUCACAAC